GUAAGACCACAUGGUCGAGUUACGACAACAAACCGUGUUGUCUGUUUGGUUAGAAUUAGAUUUUAGGUUGUGUUUUUAUCUUUAUUUUAAUGUGAAAGUUAUUAUAUUUCUUCUUAUUACUUUGUGUUUACCUUUUUGUGUUUUGGCGAUGUAUGUGAUUAAUUUAAUCCCCAUUUUUUAACCCAUAAAAGUGCAUUUUGUCACUUAUAACCACAAAUAGGAUCACUGACACUGUCACGUAAAUAUGCCUAGUUCUAGUAAAAUAUUUCUACCUCAUCGUGCUUUGGGUUAUGUGAGCAAUCAUAUUCCUUUAGUAGUGAGAUAUAUCCAUAGACGAAAAGAAAAUGUAAUUGUUACAUGUGUAGGUAAAUCAUUCCAUUCUUAUGGAAGUACACAUUUAAAACUACUGGCUGUUAGUGAUUUACAUGCAGAUGAUAUUACAUGUAUGGCUGGAGAUACAUUUCACGUUUAUACAGCUAGUUCAAACAAUGUUUAUGCUUGGAGGAGGGGUACUGAACUAAAACACACAUACUCUGGUCAUGAAAGACCAGUUCAUGCCCUCUUGCCUUUCGGCCCACAUCUCAUAUCUGUUGAUGAAUCGAGUGUUGUUAAGGUAUGGGAUAUUAAAACGGAGGAAUUAUAUUUAGAGCUGAACUUUGAUAAUGAUGUAUUUCAAAUAACAACUGUAUGCCACCCUUUUACUUACCUAAAUAAAGUUUUAUUUGGAAGUCAGCAGGGUUCUCUCCAGUUAUGGAAUCUAAGAACCUCUAAACUCAUUUACACUUUUCCUGGAUGGGAUAGUCCAGUAACGGUACUUGAACAAUCUACUGCCAUUGAUGUUGUUGGUAUUGGACUAGAAAAUGGGAAAAUAAUAUUACACAAUAUUAAAUGUGAUAUGACAGUGGUAGAAUUCACUCAAGACUGGGGACCAGUCACAUCAUUACACUUUAGAAGUGAUGGCCCACCUAUCAUGGCUUCUGGAAGCAUGGCGGGCCAUGUAGUAUUUUGGAACUUAGAAGAAAGAAAAGUUGCAUCUCAGCUGUUGAGUGGGCACGAUGCUGCGAUUUCUGGUCUGUAUUGUUUUCCAAAUGAACCUCUGAUGGUGACAUCCUCACCAGAUAAUUCUAUAAAAAUCUGGAUAUUUGAUAUGCCUGAUGGAGGAGUGCGAUUACUCCGGUUAAGGGAAGGUCAUGCUGCUCCUCCAUCCUAUAUUAGAUUUCAUGGAGCAAAUAGUCAAAAUAUUCUGUCUGCUGGAGGUGACUCAUCAUUAAGAGUUUUUAAUACAGUUUCGGAAACUGCAAAUAAAAGUUUUGGCAAAGCUUCAUACAACCGGAAGUUAGCGAAGAAGAAGGGAAAACAUGAUGCGCUUAAUUUGCAAAUGCCUCCAAUUGUUCAAUUUACUUCAGAAACCACACGUGAAAAAGAAUGGGAUAACAUAGCAGCAGUUCAUCUUGGUUUGCCAAUUGUUACAACUUGGUCAUUCCAUAAACAGAGAAUGGGUGACUUGAAACUUUAUUCAAACAAUCUUCAAGGUGAAAUUGUGAAACGACAUCUGACAGCCACAUCAAUUUGCCUCACACAUUGUGGAAAUUUUGUUGUCAUCGGUUACAGUUCUGGAAAUGUGGAAAGAUUCAACAUUCAGUCAGGAAUCCAUAGAUUCAGCUAUGGAACACCACAGUGUCACAAAGGACCUGUCCGAGGGGUAGCAGUAGAUCUUGUAAAUCAGAUGGUAAUAUCUGGAGGUCAAGAUGGAUAUGUCAGAUUUUGGUUCUUCAAAUCAGUAGACAAGUCGGCAAUGAAAUCGCUGUCGGUUGGGGAAGGAGUAAACUUUUUCCACAUGCACAAAGAAAGUGCCAUGCUGUGUGUCAGUCUAGAUGACUUCUCACUCUCCGUGGUGGACUUGGAUACGAAAGCAGUGGUCAGAAGAUUUGUGGGCCACUCUGGGCAGGUGACAGAUGUUACGUUCAGCCCAGACUCUCGUUGGGUCAUCUCAGCCUCUAUGGACUGUACGAUCAGAACUUGGGAUGUCUACUCUGGACAGUUGGUUGAUUGUUUCCAGGUUGAUGCAGCCUGCACUUCGCUGACCAUGUCACCCAAUGGAGAGUUCUUGGCUACAUCACAUGUUGAUUACAAAGGCAUCUUCCUCUGGUCUAACCGCACUCUGUACAGUCUAGUCUCCCUCAAGCCUCUGUCAGCAGAUAGUGUAUUCCCUCUGGUCAGUCUGCCAUCCACUGCAUCCGGAAUUACUGACCAAGUGGUAGACCAGGAGAGUGACAGUGAUCUAGACUCUGAAGAUUUGAAAUUGGAACAGAUAGAAAACAUGAUAACAUUCUCCGGGUUGCCUUCGUCGAGGUGGCAGAACAUACUGGAUAUUGAUGUUAUCAAGAAGAGAAACAAACCUCUUGAAGCUCCUAAAGUUCCAAAGGCAGCACCGUUUUUCCUACCUACCCUUCCAUCUUUGAAUUUAGAGUUCGACCUCAGUGCUUUUAAAGAAAACGAGGAUGGUGUUAGAACAGUAACAUUGCAAAAUGUUAGAAGAAAUCUCACGCCCUUUGCAAAACUAUUGAUGGACAGCAGUGACUUUCAACCGGUUAUCGAGAAAUUAAAAUCACUUGGUCCGUCUGCGAUCGAUUUUGAAGUGAAUUCGUUGGCCAUGGAAGGUGAGGACUGUGAAGCGUUGUUGUUGAAGUUCAUGCAAAUGCUCAAUCACCUCUUGAGGUCGAGUAGGGACUUUGAGCUGGCUCAAGCAUACCUCGCCUUGUUCCUCAAAGUGCAUGGAGAGACUGUUGCAACCACCUCUGCCCUCUGCAGCUACAUGGACGAACUACAAGAAGCACAAGAUUGCGGUUGGCGAGAGCUGCAAAACACCAUCUGGUACACGCUGGCUGUAGUGGACUUGAAGCUGAAGGAGGGUUCUGGUGGUUUGUUGUCGAAUACUGAGCGUUAACAGACAAUCUGUAUUUCCAUAGACAAAAUAUGGAGUGUAAUGUGGGCAUAUUAUAUCAUUUACGAGUUAAACUCGUAACAUUUUGUAGUAAUUUUACCAUCAGUGACUUAGUAAUAACCUAAUUUUACCUUACUUUUUAUUUUAUCUUUCCUAUUUUAAAGGUAAGAUUAACUAGCUAAACAGUUUAAUUUGUCAGACAAUCUUUAGUUAAUCUUAAUGCACAUAUAAAUGAUUGAUUUAAAAUUUUCAGGUAUACAUAAACUUGUAUUAAGAGGAUUCUGAUAAAAAUGUGCAUUUAUUUUUGAAAACAGAAUAGUAAUUGUUUUAUUUGUACAGAAAAAUUUAUGUUGGUUGUACAGAAAAAUUUGUGUUAGUUUGGACAAUUGCAUGAAAAAUCAUAAUAUUUUGUAACUUAAAUAAACAAUCAAUUGUAGUUUUAGCAAGGCAGUGUUUUAAAAUGUCUUUGAACUUACAAUGGAGAACUUGUGAUCUUCAAAUAAUUUUGCAUUGUUUUGUAUAAAGUAAAUAUACACAGUCUAAAUAGUUAUAAAUCAAUUUUGUAUAUAUUGUGAAUAUUCAUGUACAUAUUGUAUGUAUUUAUUUUAUUAUUAAAGAAAUUGUCAGCAAAAAAUAUUUGUAUUAAUUUAUCAUGAGCCAUAAUCUAGUUAUGCUCUAAAUACAUUCGUAAAAAUCUGCUAGUGGUGAGAUAAGUAAAGAAAACUGAAUAUUAAGACUUUU